AUGGACGCAUCGACAGAAUCAGUCAAGGAGGAGGAUCUACCUGAAGCCGCCUUGUGGGCUAAUCUACGACUCGAAACCUACCUAGCAGUGGUCACCCAAGCACCCCUCCCACCAAACUUACAAUGGCUGUGCGCAGACAGAAUCGGUGCCUCCGUCGAUGAUAAAGACUGGGCAAACCUAAUGCUUCUUCACCUGACCAAAAUCAUCCGAUACUGCUUCUCAGAUAACAAAGACGCCGAGCAUUAUGCUACGCUGCUGAAAGAUUCUUCCAUUUGGUUUGAUUCAAAACCAGACUCGUUCGAUCCCAUAUACACAUGCAAUCACUCUGACGACCAGGUACUUCCGGACAUAUGGCUGUACAGUGAGCCGGUGGCUGCUGGCUUGCAAUACUACCAUCUGGGCAGGAUGCUUCUUAUUUCCCACGAUCCGCGUCUGCCAAAAAUAGGACUCGCAAAGAACAGAGCAAUGAAGCGAAUAGAGGUACAGCAGCAAAAUGCUACUUAG